AUGGCCGCCGAGUCGCUGGGGCGCAUCCGCGCCGUGCUGUUUGACAUGGAUGGCUUGCUGAUCGACAGUGAGUCAAUCUAUACGGAUGUGGUGAACGAUAUUCUAAGGCCCUACGGAAAGGAGCAGACAUGGGACAUCAAAUCUAGGCUGAUGGGCCAGCCGGAGCGUGCUGCUACGAGUAUGUAUGAUGGGCUCACACCCUCAGUGGUGCUUCUUUCGAGCCUAUGGCCACCUAAUCCGGAUAGUGAAGAGGACAGGGAGCGCGGAUUUGGCACCGAGUGCCCUUUCACCAUUGACGAGUUUCUAGAGGCACGUAAUGAGCGCCUCCUGCCUGCCUUUGAGAAGGUGCAGCCCAUGCCCGGAGCUGAGCGCCUGAUUGAGCAUUUGGCCAAGCACAAUAUACCUAUCUGUGCGGGGGCCAACACGCGCUUGUUUACUCCGUUUGGCGAGCGCGUUAUCUGCGGCGAUGAUGCUAUCAUUGAGCGCGGCAAGCCGUUUCCCGAUAUUUUCCUCACGGCCGCGCGACAAGGUCUCGGACUGCAGCACACCGACGAGGGCCGUGCCUGGCUCGAGGGCGUCCGCGAGCCCGGCGCACACGCGGACGAUAAACUAAAAGGCUCAGAGGGCGAGAUCCUCGUGUUCGAGGAUGCACUGGUACGUAUCUAUACAUGA